AUGUUUCGGAAUGUCACCUUCUGGACUGGCGAUCCCAUAGGAUGGAGUGGCAUCAUACGCGUAGACGGAACAGGGUAUGAGUACAUGGGAGACUCGCCCUCCGUACAAGGUCUCCAGAAAGCAACUCCACUUACCGUAUCUUACGACCCCCACUACAGUAACUUUACAUUCGACGCUGGACCUGUGCGAGUAGAGGCGCGGUUUUUCUCUCCUGUUCUACCAAAAGAUCUUUGCAAGAGCAGUAUUCCGCUCAGCUAUAUGGAAGUAGAGUUUGUCGCCACCGAUGAGCUUUCGCAUGAUGUACAGCUCUACUCAGACAUCGAUUCUAUUUGGCUUGGGGGCGGCAACGUAUCAUUCAACUGGACAAUUGGCUGCCCUGGUGAGUCUUUCGGCGAAACUCAAUGCCCGCCCAAGGGAACGGAGACCCCCGACACAUUGUUUCAUUGGGAAGCGUUGAUUACAGAUGAGCUUUCCUGGUCCGAUCGUGGCCAUAAACAGGAACCGUACUGGGGCAGCCUACACUACGUCUCCUCUCCCGGCAUGAGCACCAAAUUCGAUACUGCGAACGGUCUCGCAACCACUGUACGACGGCAGUUCGCCCAGGACGGCACAGUGGACAAUUUUCUCCACCAGAACCAGUCUCGGGGACCACCAGGUGAUCAAAUGCCAGUGUUCGGUUUCUCGCAUAGUUUUACGUCUAGUCAGUCCGGGUCAGCACUGUAUACUGUCGGCACGACUCAAGAGCCUGCUGUAAACUACCGCACUGCUAGCGGGGACAUCGAGCUCCAACCAUGGUGGCUUACGAGCAACUGCUAUUAUAGUACCAACUACAUGAUUCGCAGGCAUUACAAAGACUACGCAGCUACCGCAAAAGAGGCCAAACUGUGGACCAUGAAGCUGCGAAAUGAUGUGGCAUUCUACUAUGCCGAGGAAAAAGUGACUGAUACGCUUAUCGAUGUAUCCUCGUUGUCGGAAGAGGAGUCGUACUACGCCAUUGUCGCACUUUCUGCCCGCCAGAUCUUGGCUGCAAACGUUAUCACAGAAUCCGCAGAUAACACCACGGGUCCAACCAUCUUUCAGAAAGAAAUCUCAUCAGACGGCAAAGUGAACACGGCCGAUGUCAUCUACCCUGCUUUACCUUUCUGGCUCUAUGCAAACCCGGAGCUUCUCCGCUUACUGCUCAAGCCCGUCUUCGAGUUCCAAGAGUCCGGACUCUAUCACGAACGAUAUGCCAUGCACGAUAUCGGGCGCUUCUACCCAAACGCCAUAGGAUACUACAGCUCCACCGUUCCCGAUGAAGAAGGGGAAGAAGCGAUGCCCGUUGAAGAGAGCGCGAACAUGGUUAUUCUGGCAGCUUCAUACUACUUGGCCACCAACGACACAGCAUUCCUUGUAAGCCACUACGAUAUCCUCAAGCGGUGGUCGGAAUACCUCGUAGAAAAUUGCCCAUACCCUGAGCAUCAGACCACGACAGGCAAGUACUAA